AGUGCCUGCAGGGAGGCAGAGCUGAGCAGUGAGGGGAGAGUUAUUGCUGACUUCAAGUGAAUCAGGCAUGGCUUUGGGGCCCUCAGUACCCCCAAAAAAUCUUUUGCUUAUUUUGAGUCGACAUUCAGAAACUGUCCUGGUGAAUCGGGGAACUGUGGAAAAGGCUGUGCCCAUCUCCAAGAGCUCUGCACUGUUCAUCUGUUCUCAUUCUGUCCUAGGCAGAAUCCAGCGUGGUUCCCAUGAAGGAAACCCAUCAGUGGUGAUGCUCCAGGACAGCUCUCACGUGAGGGUCCUCCAUAGGAAGGGCAGCUCUGCACUCUGAUGGGUGAGGACACCAGCUCGGUGACAGGAGCUCCCAACAGCGGGCAGGAUGAGUUACAGCUCACCCUCUGUGCACGACUUGUAUCACAGCACCCCCACCACAGCCAGGCCAGACCCAGGGACAGCUCUGGAUGUGACUGUACCAGAAACAGCCACCAUAAGCCCUGAGACUACCAGCUUCAACAGCACCAAAAUCCCAGAUGUGGCCAGCACUGGAGCCGGCAUGAGCACGAUGCUGCUGUCCUUUGGGAUCAUUACUGUGAUUGGGUUGGCUGUAGCUAUGGUUCUGUAUAUCAGGAAGAGGAAGAGGUUGGAGAAGCUACGGCACCAGCUGAUGCCCAUGUACAACUUUGAUCCCACUGAGGAACAGGAUGAACUGGAGCAGGAGCUGUUGGAACAUGGGCGAGAUGCAGCAUCUUCCCAGGCAUCACAGAGCAAGGUGCUGCUGGCCGGGCAGGGAGCCGUGCAGAGACCCAGCCGCCUCGUGUUCACCGACGUGGCCAACGCCAUCCACGCGUGACAGCAGCUGCCCCGCCGGGCCCACCGAGGACGAGGCAGCAGAGCAGCGACUUCCCGCCCGCACGGCCGAUCCACUGAGCCCCGCUGGGCACCCCGGGGGUUUGUGUUACCACCCCUCUGGGAAGCAAACCCUUUGUGAGGGC